AUGGGCGAAACAGCAGAGUCCGUGGACAUUACCGCUCUCGUUGCCACAGUGCAAAACCUUUCAAACGAGCUGACCAAGUUGCAAGGUGAAUCCGAGGUCAGAAAACUGCACCACAAAUACGGCUACUACCUAGACAAGUGUCUCUACAAAGAAGUAUCAGAGCUAUUCGCCGACCACCCCGACACGUACGUACAAUUCCUCAACGGCCGCUUCGACGGCAAAGAAGGCGUAACACGCCUCUACAUCGACCGCUUCGCAAACCGGUUCGUCGGCGGCCGCAACGGCCCAAUCGACGGCUGGCUCCUCGACCACCUAAUGGCCCAAGACAUAAUAGACUACGACCCCGCCGCCGGCCGCGCGAAGGCGCGUAUCCGCGCCUUCAUGAGCGCAGGCACGCACGAGUCCCUGCCUGCCGACUUCCCCGGCGGCCACAGGCAGUGGUGGGAAGGCGGCUUGUACGAAAAUGAGUACAUCUUGCAAGAUGGGGUCUGGAAGAUUCUGCGGCUGCGCUAUUUCCCUUUCUGGCAUGGGUCUGUGGAGGAGGGGUGGAAGGGGUCUAAGAAUUUCGUGCCGAUGUUUAAGGAGGCGGAUGUGUUUCCGGCUUCGAAGGUGGGGCCGGAUGCGUUGGUGAGUGGUGCGGCGCUUUGGCCUGAUACGAGGGUUAUUCCGUUUCAUUAUCCUCAUCCUGUUACGGGGAGGCAGGUGGAGGAGGGGGAUAUGCGGGCGCCGGUUUGGAGGGAGGAGGCGGGUACGGCGGCGCCGGCGAGGAGGAUUGAUGAUUGGGGGUUUUGA